UCCUGAUAUUACUUCCAUAGUUUGGAUUCUAGUGUUUUUGAACUUUGUCUUUUGUGCAGAGGAGUAGCUUGAUAGCUACUAUCACUGUCAAUGUCGUAUGACGUUUUAAACGUUUGCUUCUUGGGUCAUUGUCCUUCUGUUCACCCCAUGUACGAACAUUUGAAACAGUUAUUUUUUUAUGAUGUUUUUGUUUUUUCGUAAUAAGACAUAAUAAUGAAGAAUUAAGUUCCUAAAGUUUAUAAUAAAAAUGCCUACAAAAAUCUCUAACUCUUCUGCAAGUUCCAACUUUAAACUUUGGUGGAUAACUUUUAGCAUUAUAUGUGGAGCUACAUUUGCAACAAGAUUUUAUAAAGUUUUGGAACCCGAUCAUGUAUGUUGGGAUGAGACGCACUUUGGCAAAAUGGCAAGUUGGUACAUCAACCGGACAUUCUUCUUUGAUGUACACCCGCCGCUUGGAAAGAUGCUCAUAGCCUUGUCAGGAAAGCUGACCGGAUAUGAUGGAACAUUUCCCUUUGAGAAACCAGGGGACAAGUAUGACGGAGCUAGAUAUGAGGGCAUGAGACUGUUCUGCACAACUUUAGGAGCUCUCAUCAUACCCUUGACCUUCUUAACAAUUUGGGAAAUGACCAAGUCUUUGGACUCGACUCUUAUUGGAACCAUGCUUUUGCUUUGUGACGUAGGAUUUUUAACCCUAAACAGAUACAUUUUGCUGGAUCCUAUUCUUCUAUUUUUUAUGAGCUGUUCUAUCUAUGGAGCUUUUAAGAUCCGCUCCCUUACAGAUUCGGGUUUGCCGCCAUUCUCACCGCGCAUGCUCGCAUGGCAAUUGUUUCUGGGCACGGCGCUGGCGUGCACUAUAUCCGUUAAGUUUGUCGGUCUGUUUGUCGUCCUGUUCGUCGGGCUGCGUACGAUCGCCGAUCUAUGGAACGUGCUUGGUGAUUUGGAGAAGCCCGUGAGUUUGACAGUGAAACAUCUGAUAGGUAGAAGUAUAACAUUAAUAGUGUGGCCGGCGAUACUCUACGUGUUUUUCUUUUGGAUUCAUCUGACUGUACUUAGCAAAAGUGGUAAUGGUGACGGCUUCUACUCCUCGGGCUUCCAAGCCCGUCUCGAAGGGAACAGUCUCCACAACGCGAGUGCACCAAGGGUGGUUGCCUAUGGUGCUGUUAUCACUCUGAAGAACCACCGCACUGGAGGGGGGUACCUGCAUUCCCAUCACCAUUUGUACCCGGCUGGAGUUGGCGCGAGACAGCAGCAGAUCACGACAUACACCCACAAAGACGAGAACAAUCGCUUUAUAAUCAAGCCGUUUGACAAGGAGGCUCCCGAAGGAACCGUAAUAGUGCGAAGUGGCGACCUCAUACGGCUCACUCACGCGGCUACCGGACGCAAUUUGCAUUCCCAUCGGGAAAGGGCUCCCAUCACUACGAAGUAUAUGCAGGUCACUGGUUACGGCGAAGACGGUAUUGGCGAUGCUAACGAUGUGUGGAAGAUCAUAAUAUCAGGCGGCAGAGACGGUGAUGAAAUACAGACUGUCAGGAGUAAACUCAUGUUUGUGCAUUACUUACAGGCCUGUGCCCUUACAACGACCGGAAAGCAGCUACCUAAGUGGGGGUAUGAGCAACAGGAAGUGGCCUGCAACCCCAACCUGAGGGAUAAGAACGCGCUGUGGAACGUGGAGGAUAAUGUUUUUGAUGAUCUGCCAAAGAUGAGCUUCGAAGCGUACGCGUCAGGGUUCAUUGAGCGUUUUCUGGAGUCCCACGCGGUCAUGUUCCAGGGGAACGCUGGACUCAAACCUAAAGAGGGGGAGGUGACUUCGCAGCCUUGGCAGUGGCCUAUCAAUUACAGGGGUCAAUUCUUCUCCGGCAGCGGCCACAGGAUCUACUUGCUGGGGAACCCGGUCGUGUGGUGGACCAACCUGGCGUUCCUCGUCAUAUUCUUAGUGGUCUUCGUCGUUAACUCCAUCAGAGAGAAGAGGGCUGAAGCCCUUGGGACUCCUGUUCAAGACGGAAAAAACCGGUUAUUAUUGAACGCAGCCGGGUGGAGCUUCGCGGGCUGGGCUCUCCACUACGUGCCGUUCUGGGCGAUGGGCCGCGUGCUGUACUUCCACCAUUACUUCCCUGCCCUGGUCUUCAGCUCCAUCAUCACUGGUAUCCUAACAGAAUACCUCCUGAACAGCAUCAGAAGCUACCUGAGCCCUGAGCUGGGCCGUGCCGUGUACCACUGCGUCGCAGGCGCAGCGUUGUCCUCCACAGCGUACAGUUUCUACGUGUUCUCGCCGCUAGCUUACGGCAUGAGUGGGCCGCUUGCGCACGAGACGAACUCCACCAUGGCGGGGUUAAAGUGGCUGGAAUCAUGGGAGUUUUAGUGUAGAAUAAUACUGAUUUAAUAAGGACAUAAUUAUUAAUGUGUCUGGAUGAAUCAGUAAAACUAACAUACUUUGCCGACCCUGUCGUGGGAGUUUUAGUAAAAGAAUAGUUUAAUUCCUCACAGAACUCUAGAAUAGACUUACAUACUCUAUGACUCGUGCAGUUAGUAAAAUUAAAGGCGUGAUUUUAACAUUGACGGGUAUGCAAAACCAUUGUGUACCUAUAUAUAUAGUAGGAGUCAUCAAAUGUCUCUGUGGUUUAGUUCGCUAGGUCAUUGAAAACAAUUAACCAAUCAUGACGCUGUAUGUUUUACGAAACUUACUCGAUUGAUUGCAUAUUUACAUAUUGCAUACAUUAAAGUCUGUAAGUACUCGUGAUUUCGGUCAUGAUCAAAGGCACACGUAGGUACAUUGCCGAGCCCUUUAUAGUGUAAUCCAUUCGUGUAACAUAAUACUCAUUUAUAAGUACUUAAUAACAUAAUUAUAAUAUCCGUCCAUUUUUAUUUAAAUAUUUAGG